GAUCCGCACUCGAGGCGCACGGUAGUGUUCCCACUUCAAUUCCAGCUCACAAGUCCCCCUCCAAAACCCACAAUUCUAACCCACUUCCGCCGUAGUCGACCGAAGUCCGCUUAAAUUAGAAUUCUUGGUGCACUCUUUGGUGACCUCCCGACAACAUGGAGAUAGUUCUGCGGUUUUUGGCAUUUUUCCUGAACGCCUUUGGCAUUCUGGUGAACAAGAUUCUGGAUCUGGUGCUGCCCCGCAAGAGGCCCAAGUUUCAGGGCAUUCGAAACCCCCUGCUCAACAAGUCCGUCACUGAGCUGGUCACCCAUUUGCGACGUGGCGAGAUUUCGUCCGUGGAUCUUACCAGUGCCUACAUAGCCCGCAUCAAGGAGGUGAAUCCCACGCUGAAUGCUGUGGUGGAGGAGCGCUUCGAGGCAGCCAUGCAGGAUGCCCGGCUGGCGGAUGACUUUAUUGCCAAGGCGAGGUCAGACUUCGAUCGGAUAGCUCUUUACACCAAGUAUCCGAUCCUGGGAGUACCGUUUACGGUCAAGGAAUCCUGCAGCCUCAAAGGUUUGUCCUACUCUGUGGGCAGUCUCAUUCGCAAGGAUAUGAAGGCUCCACAGGAUGGCGAUGUGGUGGAACUGGUCCGUGCCGCUGGUGGUAUUCCCCUUCUGGUAUCUGCCAACCCUGAGUUCUGCAUGAGUUUUGAGACAAGUAACAACAUCCAAGGUCGCUGUCUGAACCCUUAUGACCUGAGGCGCACCACGGCAGGUUCAUCGGGAGGCGAGGCAGCGCUGAAUGCUGUGGGAGCCACCCCUUUUGGAGUGGCUUCCGAUAUUAGUGGCUCCAUCCGUCUACCGGCAAUGUUUUGCGGCGUCUUUGGUCACAAGCCGACCGGAGGCCUGACCUCGACCAAAGGCCACUUUCCCUAUUCUCUGACGGAUCCACAGUUUCCCAGAAUGCUGCAACUGGGCCCGAUCACGAGAUUCGCGCGGGAUUUGCCUAUUCUGUUGCAAAUCAUGGCGGGCACCAAUUCCCACAAGCUUAAAAUCGAAGAACAGGUUCCCCUGAAGGAUAUGAAGGUCUAUUAUGCUUACGGCUUUUCGGGACUCAAUUGUCUCACGCAUCCUGUGGUGGAUUUCGAUAUUAAAUUGGCCAUCACAAAAGCUGUCAAAUGCCUCGAAAGAGGCGGAGUUCAGGCCAAAAAGCUGGAUCUCAAAUUCUUCGGAAACAGUUUGGAGAUGGCUUUGGUGUCCCUAGUGGACCUGAAGGGCUUGCCCAGCAUCGUCACCCAACGACAUGAUCGGGAUCCCUCGAUGCGGCUUCUGAUAGUGGAGCUCUUUAACAGCGCCAUCGGGCACUCGAUCUUCACAAAGGAGGCCAUGUUCCUGGAGGUGAUGAAGCGAUUCAAUGGCCUGAUAGCCAGUGGUAAUAUGGAACGGUACCGGGAAGAGGUCAAAAAGUUAAAGACCCAUUUAAAUCAACUGCUGGGCACCCGCGGAGUACUCAUCCUGCCCACCUUCCAUACCAGCGCCCUCUGCUUCCACACCUCGUUGGUAAACGUGACGGGUAUCGACCAGAUGCUGCUCUUCAACAUCCUCGGACUGCCCGCCACCCAUGUUCCAAUGGGACUGAACCAGCGAGGCAUGCCCAUCGGCAUUCAGGUUGUGGCUGCCCAGUACCAGGACAAGCUUUGCCUGAAGGUCGCCGGCGAGCUGGAGGCAGUCUUCCAAGGCUGGGUGCCACCGGUGCCACAUGCCACAGAGAGCAGCAAAUAAAGCUAAGGUUAAGGUGCAUGGUUGGACCAUUACAGAUAUUCUAGUAGAGUUUAAGGUGAAAAUUUUCAAAAUAUGGCAAAAUAUAUCAUCAUAUCAGUUAAGUGUUAAAAAUUACACACUUCACACAAUAAUAAUGUUAAAUUCUUUUCCGUUUAGUCAAUAAAGCUUGUUCAACUUUAA